UAUUUCCUGAGUGGACUGGUUUAACAACUAGAUUUCCCUCAGGCUUAUUACUAUAAUGAAAAGAGAACAUAUUUUUGUUUUUAACCAUGAUAUCUCAAGAAGAGGUACUGGAGACUAAUCCCAAUACUGGAAAUCCUGAAAACACCUCUGUUACUGAAGACAAAUUGCCAGUAGCUGAAGUUCAUUUUCUCUACAAAAGAUUUUUCAGCAUACAACAAGCAAAAGUAGAUCCCAGUGCAAAUGGACUUGGAGCUAUCCAGCCAUCAUCGAAGUGCCAUGUUUUAGUCUCACUAAGGUUUCUUCCAUUUAUCCUUGUUUUAUUACUUGUAGUAAUCCUAGCAGUUGCCAUUGGCCUGAGUGUCCAGUACAACUGCAUUGGGAAGUUUCGAUGCAGAUCGUCCUUCAAAUGUAUCCAGCAAUCAGCGAGGUGUGAUGGUGUCUUUAACUGUAAAGAAGGAGAGGAUGAAUACACCUGUGUCAGGCUGAGUGGAAAGAAAGCAGUGCUUCAGGUGUUUACUUUUGGUUCCUGGAGGACUGUCUGCUCAGAUGACUGGAACGAUGAGAAUGGAAAUGCUACAUGUAAACGCUUAGGUUUCUCAAGUUACAUAAGUUCUGGUUACCUGCCUGUGGCUGCAAUCGAAGAAGAGUUUCAAAGACAUUUUGUUUCUGUAAGUCAUUGGUCAUCAGCUGAUCAAGUGACAGCCUUACACAAUGCAUCAUACUUCAGAGAAGAGUGUACUUCAGGCAACGUAAUCAUCCUAAAAUGUUUGGAGUGUGGUACUAGGUCCAGGUACUCCUCCCGUAUAGUUGGUGGAAAUGCAUCAUCACCCUGGCAAUGGCCAUGGCAGGUCAGUCUUCAAUUUCAAGGAUUCCAUCUGUGUGGAGGAUCCAUCAUCACCCCAUGGUGGAUUGUCACAGCAGCCCACUGUGUUUAUGAUUUGUACUCGCCUAGCUCAUGGAGCGUGCAGGUGGGCUUUGUGACUCAACAAGACAUUUCAGUUAAUCCAUAUUCAGUGGAAAAAAUUAUAUUCCAUAGAAAUUAUAAACCCAAGACAAUGGGGAAUGAUAUUGCACUGAUGAAGCUGGCAGCACCACUUGCUCUCAAUGGCCUGAUAGAACCGAUUUGUCUGCCUAAUUUUGGUGAACAUUUUCCAGAAGGGAAAAUGUGCUGGAUAUCAGGAUGGGGAGCUACAGCAGAAGGAGAUGAUACUUCAGAGACCAUGAAUUUCGCUGGUGUUCCUUUGAUUUCUAAUAAGGUUUGCAAUCACAGGGACGUCUAUGGGGGACUCAUAACUUCUUCAAUGCUUUGUGCAGGUUUUUUAGAGGGAGGUGUGGAUACCUGCCAGGGAGAUAGUGGGGGACCCUUAGCCUGUAAAGAUAUGAACACCUGGAAGCUGGUAGGAACUACCAGCUUUGGGAUGGGCUGUGCAGAAGUAAAUAAACCAGGAGUCUACAGCCGUACCUCCUCAUUUCUUGACUGGAUACAUGAACAAAUGGAGAGAGAAGAACUGCGAACCUGAAGAUAGCACUGAUUCACUGAACUUUUGAAACUUGAUUUCAAAUUCCUGCUCCACAGAAUCAUGUACCCCAUCCCAUGGACUCUUGUAUAGUAUUUUAUAUUAACAGCAAUUACUUUCUAUCAUCUCUUCGUUGGUACUCAGAACUUACUGUAUUUAAUGAAAAAGAACAAUGGUCUCUUCUGGUUGCAUUCAGUCCCUUUCAGAUGUAAAAGGCAAGUAGGAUUUGGGAUGAUGUGCAGGUAUGCUUUUUGGCACCUACACAUCUCAUGUAAAGAAAAAGCAGCAAGAAGACCUAUAAUACAGAGUGCUACAGGAAUUAAAAAUUGACGGGUGAUACUAGCAGCAAAAUUGCAGAGGAGGAAAUUCAAAUCAGUGACUAUUUUUAUACUUCCUUUCCAGGGAUCAGAGUACAAGAAGUUUAUUCUCCUCCUAGAUCUGUGCACAUUCAAGUUAAAUACUCCACUACACAGCUAUCUUCAGAUUUCUUUAUUAACUAAAUUGACAAACAAAUAUCUGGUGAUUUUUCAAGUAUGCUCCGUUUUCAUUAUUAAGAGAGA